AUGAGCCAUGAGCCCAAGUCCCCUUCACUAGGGAUGCUUUCCACCGCGACCAGGACCACCGCCACCGUCAACCCCCUCACCCCCUCGCCGCUCAAUGGCGCCCUGGUGCCCAGUGGCAGCCCCGCCACCAGCAGCGCGCUGUCGGCCCAGGCCGCGCCGUCCUCCAGCUUUGCUGCCGCGCUGCGCAAGCUCGCCAAACAGGCGGAGGAGCCCAGAGGGUCUUCACUGAGCAGUGAGUCGUCCCCCGUCUCCUCUCCGGCCACCAACCACAGCUCUCCGGCCAGCACGCCCAAGCGCGUGCCCAUGGGCCCCAUCAUCGUCCCCCCCGGGGGCCACAGCGUCCCUAGCACGCCCCCCGUGGUGACCAUCGCCCCCACCAAGACUGUCAAUGGCGUGUGGAGGAGUGAGAGCCGGCAGCAAGACGCUGGCUCUCGGGGCAGUGGCAGCGGUCGGGAACGCCUCAUCGUGGAGCCCCCGCUGCCCCAGGAGAAGGCAGGGGGCCCGGCCAUCCCCUCACACCUGCUCAGCACCCCCUACCCUUUUGGCAUCUCCCCCAGCUCGGUGGUGCAGGACUCCCGCUUUCCUCCGCUGAACCUCCAGCGGCCCGUGCACCACGUGGUGCCCCCCAGCACGGUGACAGAGGACUACCUGCGGAGCUUCCGGCCCUACCACACCGCCGAGGACCUCCGCGUGUCCUCCCUGCCUCCCCUGGGCCUAGACCCGGCCACCGCCGCGGCCUACUACCACCCCAGCUACCUGGCCCCGCACCCUUUCCCCCACCCGGCCUUCAGGAUGGACGACUCCUACUGCCUGUCGGCCCUGCGGUCCCCCUUCUACCCCAUCCCCACCCCCGGCUCCCUGCCCCCACUGCAUCCAUCAGCUAUGCAUCUCCACCUGUCUGGGGUCCGCUACCCGCCCGAGCUCUCGCACUCGUCUCUGGCGGCGCUGCACUCGGAGCGGAUGUCCAGCCUCAGUGCCGAGAGGAUGCAGAUGGACGAGGAGCUGAGGCGGGAGAGGGAGCGCGAGCGGGAGCGGGAGGCUGACCGCGAGCGCGAGAAGGAGCGCGAGCGGGAGCGCGAGCGGGAGAAGGAGCUGGAGCGCGAGCGGGAGCUGGAGCGUCAGCGGGAGCAGCGGGCCCGCGAGAAGGAGCUGCUGGCCGCCAAGGCGCUGGAGCCGGCCUUCCUGCCCGUGGCCGAGCUGCACGGGCUGCGGAGCCACGCCACCGAGGAGCGGGGCAAGGCCUCGGAGCAGCUGACCCCAACCCGAGCAGAGAAGCUGAAGGACGCGGGCCUGCAGGCGCCCAAGCCCGUGCAGCACCCCCUGCACCCGGCGGCCGCCCCGCACCACCCCGUGCCCGGCCUGCUCUCCACCCACGGCCUGCUCUCUCUGCCGGGCAGCAGCGCGGCCACGGCCCUGCUCCUCCAGCGCACCAACGAGGAGGAAAAGUGGCUGGCGCGGCAGCGGCGGCUGCGGCAGGAGAAGGAGGACCGCCAGUCGCAGGUGUCUGAGUUCCGGCAGCAGGUGCUGGAGCAGCACCUGGACCUGGGCCGGCCGCCGGCACCCGCGGACGCGGAGCACAGGCCCGAGAGCGCCAGGCCGGGACCAAACCGUCACGAGCCGGGAGGCCGCGACCCCCCGCAGCACUUUGGCGGGCCCCCGCCCCUCAUCUCACCCAAGCCCCAGCACCACUCGGUGCCCACGGCCCUCUGGAACCCGGUGUCCCUGAUGGACAGCACGCUGGAGACACGGCGCGCCCCCGAGGGCCACCCUCUGCACGGCCACCCCGCCCCGUUUGAGCCCAGCCGCCAGGCAGCCGUCCCACUGGUGAAGGUGGAGAGGGUCUACUGCCCCGACAAGGCGGAGGAGGGACCCCGGAAGCGAGAGGCUGCCCCCCUGGACAAGUACCAGCCGCCGCCCCGUGAGGCGGGGGGCCUGGAGCCGCAGGCCUUCGCCCCUGCGCCCGCGCACUUCCUGGCGGAGCUCGAGCCGUCCACCCAGACCGUCCUGGGCCAGCCCCGGGCCCCGCUCGUCCCGCCGGCCCCCUUCGGGGAGACCCCCGGGCCCCUGAAGCCGGGCUCGCCCUACCGGCCCCCAGCGCCACGGGGCCCCGACCCCACCUACGUCUACGACGAGUUCCUGCAGCAGCGACGGAGGCUGGUCAGCAAGCUGGACCUGGAGGAGCGCCGGCGGCGGGAGGCCCAGGAGAAAGGAUACUACUACGACCUGGACGACUCCUACGAUGAGAGUGACGAAGAGGAGGUUAGGGCCCACCUCCGCUGUGUGGCCGAGCAGCCGCCCCUCAAAUUGGACACGUCCUUUGAGAAGCUAGAGUUUUUGCAACUUUUUGGCUUGACCACCCGACAGCAGAAGGAGGAACUGCUGACCCAGAAGCGGAGGAAGCGGCGGCGGAUGCUGAGAGAAAGAAGCCCGUCGCCCCCGACGGUCCAGAGCAAGCGGCAGACGCCGUCGCCGAGACGGGCGCUGUCCACCCGCUACAGCCCCGACGAGAUGAACAGCAGCCCCAACUUCGAGGAGAAGAGGAAGUUCCUGACCACCUUCAACCUGACCCACAUCAGCACUGAGACGAGGAAAGACAAAGAGAGGCUUGUUGAGCUGCUCCAGGCCAUGAAGCAGAGGGCGCUGUCAGCAGCGGUGGCAGACCCGCUCAGGAGCUCUCCGAGGGACAGUCCUGCUGGGUCCCUGAGCGAACCAGCCACGCAGCAAGCCUCUCUGGAUACGGAGAAGCCUGUGGGUAUCACUGCUUCCUUGUCUGACAUCCAGAAGGCCACGGAGCCUGGGAGACUGGAACAGCUCCGGCCGCAGGAGCGAGUCCAGGAGCCAGCCCCCGCCAGCGGUGAGAAAGCCAGGCCGAGCGAGACCCCUGGGGGCAAGAAGAGCCUGAGCAUGCUCCACUACAUCCGGGGCCCCGCGCCCAAGGACAUCCCCGUGCCGCUGUCCCACGGCAUCAACGGGAAGAGCAAGCCGUGGGAGCCCUUCGUGGCGGAAGAGUUCGCGCAUCAGUUCCACGAGUCCGUCCUGCAGUCCACCCAGAAAGCCCUGCAGAAGCACAGAGGAAGCGCAGCUGUGCUGUGCGCAGAGCAGAACCACAGCAUCGACGCCUCUGUCCACUACAACAUCCCCGAGCUCCGGUCCUCCAGCCGGCUGCCUCUGCCCCAGCGCGACGGGCAGCAGGAGCCCCCCGCCGGGAGGAAGGGCCCCCUGGCGCAGGAGGUGGACCCGGACUCAGAGGAGGAGGAGGACGACGACGACGGAGAGGGUGACGACGAGGACCCCCCCAAGCGCAAGUGGCCUGGGAUCGAGGCCGUUUUUGAAGCUUACCAGGAACACGUAGAAGAGCAAAAUCUAGAGCGGCAGGUGUUACAGACGCAGUGCAGGCGGCUGGAGGCCCAGCACUACAGCCUCAGUCUCACGGCCGAGCAGCUCUCCCACAGCAUGGCGGAGUUGAGGAGCCAGAAACAGAAGAUAGUUUCAGAAAGGGAGCGACUCCAGGCAGAACUGGAUCACUUACGGAAGUGCCUUGCGUUGCCUGCAAUGCAUUGGCCUAGAGGUUACUUUAAGGGAUAUCCUAGGUGA